CCCACCGCCACUCCCCACGCAACACCCAACUUAGCCCAUAUAUAAAUCCCCCUUCCCACCCUUUCUUUCCCCUCACUCUCUCACUCCAACAAAAAAAAACAUUCUCCCUCUCUCUCUCUCUCUCUAGCGAUGGCUCUCGACGCUCUCAACUCCUCCUCCGCCCUCUCCCGCCGCUUCGACGACGUCGAGCCCUGCGGCGCUAUGCAGUGGCCUAAAUCCAAACGCUCCAAGCGCCGCGAUCAGUCGGAAGACGAGUACCUCGCCGUCUGCCUCGUCAUGCUCGCCCGCUCCGGUGCCGCUCCCGGAGAAGACAUCAAAAGCGUCGCCGGAGCCGAGGAAUCGCCCAAAUCCGCCGCCGCAAAUUACAAGUGUAGCGUGUGCGACAAGGCUUUCCCUUCAUACCAAGCGCUGGGAGGCCACAAGGCCAGCCAUCGUGGCAAGGCGGCGUCGGACGAAAGCAAUCACUCCGCCGCCGCGGCGUUAAACCCUAGCGGGCGGAUCCACGAGUGCUCAAUUUGCCACAAGCGGUUCGGGACGGGGCAGGCCCUCGGUGGGCACAAGCGGAGGCACUACGAAGGCGUGAUCGGCGGGAGUGCGGCCAAGAGCCGCACCACCUCCUCCACCGCCGCCGUGGCUCGGGAUUUCGAUUUGAACAUGCCGCCGCCGCCGCCGUCGCCAGAGCUACACUGUGAUGAAGAAGUCGAAAGUGCGCUGCCGCCUUUAUACAAAUAAAUAUAUAUCUGUUGGAAUGCAUAAUUAUAACUUUUUACUAGCUAGAUAGAAUUAUUUGUACACAUGAUUGGAUUCUUUGAUUCAUUAAUCAAAUUAGGCUUUUAUUGUGUUAUUA